AUGGAGGCCGUGCUCGAGGAGCUGGUGUCUGUGGAUGACUUGCUGGCGCGCUUGGCCGCGGAGGCUCGUGGGAGUUGUGGUCUCGAGCCACCAGCCCGCAGACCAAAGGCCCGGAGGUCUGGCCGUGGAAAGACCGAGCUGUUGCCCAAAGGGAGCAAAGAGGAGCAGCGGGAUUACAUCUUCUACCUGGCUGUGGGGAACUACCGGCUCAAGGAGUAUGAAAAGGCCCUCAAGUACGUGCGAGGGCUGCUGCAGACAGAGCCCCAGAACAACCAGGCCAAGGAGCUGGAGCGGCUCAUAGACAAGGCCAUGAAGAAAGAUGGACUGGUGGGCAUGGCCAUCGUUGGAGGCAUGGCCCUGGGCGUGGCGGGACUGGCUGGACUCAUCGGACUCGCCGUGUCCAAGUCCAAAUCCUGAAGGAGACGUGGGAGCCCACGGAGAACACGCGAGGAAGGGCCCGCAGACCCUGGCUGGCCCUUCUCUGUCCCCCGCACCCCGUCCCUGUCCGCCGUGGCCUUCAGCUUCCGCUCCCCUGAAUCCUGUCUUUCAGCCCCAAAUUGUGUUCCUUGGGAUGAGUGUAAAUAAAGUCGGGCUGUGGCUUGGGAA